AUUAUUACAAAUUUUUCAGCCUGGUUCCACAAAACCCAAAGUGGAGGAGGAGGCAUGGAGGCUUCUCUGUCUCUCCCGUUCCGCUCUGUCCGACCGCGCCUCCACCGAGCUCCGGCCACCGCGAGCUUCGUCACCUGCGGGCUGCGCAACAGUACGAGGAGGCCGCUGUGGAGGUCGGACGUGUUGUCCACGGAGGCCAUACGCGCCGUCCAGUCCCUCAAGCUGGCCAAAUCCACUCCUCGGUUGAACCACGUCCUGAGCACGACCCUCGCUCGGCUCUUGAAAUCCGAUCUCUUGAACACCUUCGCCGAGCUCAAGAGGCAGAACGAGGUCGAUUUGGCCCUCAAGGUCUUCGAGUACGUGUGCAAGGAGGAAUGGUACGGAACUGAUUUUGCAUUGCGUUGCGACGUGAUCCAACUAUUGGGAAAGAACAAAAUGGUUGCUCUAGCUGAAGUUGUUUUCUCCGGACUGCUGAAAGAAGGGGUUGAACUUGACGCAAGGGCUUAUGCCGAGAUGAUCGGAGCAUAUCUAAGCGCAGACAUGAUUGAAAACGCAAUGCAGACUUAUGAGAAGAUGAAAGCAGCUGGCUGUACGCCAAACGAAUUUACCCUGAUGAUUCUCAUAAGAAAUCUAGAAAAGGCCGAAGAAAAAGAUCUGGUAGAGUUCGUGAAGAGAGAUUGUGUUGAAUAUUUGGAUUCUCCUAAGAAGUUCCUAGAAGAAGUCAAAAGAAAAUAUCCAAAGAGGAGAUCGUUUGAUCUUGUUUAAGGACUUAUAGCUGUGCAAGCAUGGGCAGCUAGAAGUUCUGCUCCAGCGAUGAUAAGACGCACCAGUUUUGCUGACUUCUAUCAAAAUCAUUGCAUGUGGUUUGCAGUAGGAUCUUGAAAUUUUUAUUGAAAUAGAAACACGGGUAAUCGCUGUCAAAAUUUCAUGCCCGUUGGUGCGUAGGUGGGUCUCUAAUCCAGAGGAGCUUAGGCCGGUUGAUUUAUAGCAGGUGCUGUUGGCAUCUUUUCUCACGCCAGUGUUGCAGUCACUGUUGCUUAGGUUAUAUGGAACAGGUUUUUUAAUUAAUCAGAAAGCGUAGGUGUUAUAUAUGUUGGCGGAUGGACCUCAUUGUUAUGGUCACAAGUUGCUUCUAGUUGAGUUCUUCUUGAUAGAUCAGUCGAUAGGCAUUAUCGUUGAUAAUCCUGAGUGUAGCGUUACUUGUCUAUCCGUCAUUGUGAAUUUUAUCGUCAUUUAAUGAUGCUCCAAUGCAUUUGAUCCUCUGUACUGGAAUGAUUUUGUGAUGAGACUACAUUGUUGUCCUUUCUUCUCACAUAAAGGGCUAACUAUUAGUGCAA